UGUAUACUAUUUCGGUUCUUCCUCGUCCGGCCGGCGCCUCCCUCAUCUUUCACUUCUCUUCUUGGACCUGCUUGUGGAUCCUCCGUCGGGCGUCCUCGUCGCCGCCUGCAACUGCGUUCUUCAUCAUCAUCUUCUUCUUCUUCCUCCGUCAUUGUUUUCCGUCUUCCUCCGUCGUGUGUUCCCCAUCCUUGUUGUGCACACUUGAGCUUCACCUUGUCAACGUCAAUACUCGUUCCUCGCUUCCUUCCCAAAGAACUAAGUCAGGCCCUUGGGUUUGACAAAAAGGCAGGUUAUUUAGUCAUCCUCUACUUUCCUGUCCGACUAAUCAGAUUUGCAGCCUAAUUUUCACAAUGACUGAGUAUUGGGUCAGCCAGGGUAAUAAAUGGUGUGACUUCUGCAAGAUCUAUAUAUCAAAUAAUCCAGCUAGUAUUAGGAAUCAUGAACUUGGUGAGCGUCAUAAAGAUAAUGUUGCUAAGAGACUUGCUACUAUGCGAAAAGAGAGCGCUGCUAAGGAGAAAGAACAGAAAGAAACAGCACUCGCCUUGGAGCAAAUUGAAGCGAAAGCACAGCGUAGCUAUCAGAAGCAUGUAGCGAAGUUUGAAGCAGCUAGAGAAUCACAAGCACCAGAUUUCCAAGGGGAUGGUCAAGAAUGGGAAUUCGACAGUGGUUCAGGCUAUUAUUACCAUCAGACAAAUGGUUUCUAUUAUGAUUCAAAGUCAGGAUUCUACUAUUCUGAUGCCAUAGGCAAGUGGGUGACUCAGGAAGAGGCGUAUGCGUCACCUCACUUUUCUUCUAAUGCUGGGCACAAGGGACCCACUGUUAAAAAACCAACGUCAGCUUCACAAUCCAAAUCAGUUGAAGAUAAAGGCGCAAAUAAGUCUCAAAGUGUACCUGCACCUGGACCUGUAGUGUCAACUUCUUUGAACCUGAUGAGAUCUACGAAAGCAGCACCUUCAUCUCUUGCUGUGGGAAAGAGAAAGAGAGCACCAGAUGCAAAAUCCAAGGUUAUGUCCGAAGAAGAAAAGGCAGCUCUCAAGGCAAGAGAGGCUGCAAGGAAGAGAGUUGAAGAGAGGGAAAAACCUCUGCUUGGGCUCUACAGCAAGCCUUACUAAGCAGGGAGAAUACUCUGAGCCGCUUGGUUUUAAUGGUUAUAAUUCUCACAGAACUUCAAGCGGACUUUUCUUAUUACAAGUGAGAAAUCACCAAUGGCAUAUACAACAUCUGAUGAGGUAGAGCACUAUGAUUCAUGGUUGAAGUUGUGGGCUCUUUCUACCCAGAUUGUCUCAUUUCUUCCUUUUAACUUGGGUUGUUGUCCAUGAGGAUACUCUGAUUCCUUGUGCUUGUCCGGUGACUGCGCCCUGUAUGCUGAAGUGUGACUUAUGCUUCAUUCUUUUGCAGUACAUGUCAAAUUUUCAGUUCUAGGGUGAGGAAAGACUUCUCACAAGGACUGGUAAAAUAGAUACAAUCGUGAUGCACAUGCUUGGUUCAGGGCAAAGUAGUUGUUGCAAGGUAACUUUACUUUUAGAAGCCUACGAAGGGGUGUCUAGGUUAAUUUUUUGAAAGUGAUUCUAAAGUGUACUGGGUAAGUGUACAAGAGUAGUUUUUUUAUAUGAAAGUGUUUCUGAGAUGCUAAUUCAAACAAGCUCGAGCAAUGCAUAUGUGAGCUUUGGUUAGGUCUCAGAAAUUAAGCCACGAUUAAAAUGAAUGUUCUCCACAAAAGCAAUGACAUGAUAUCUUAGUGACAUUUUUUUAAUAAUCAAAACAGGAAGGCCAUGGCAUGAA